UGUCAUUUGUCUCUGCGCAGCAAUGUUGACGGGGCGGUUUCCGUUCAGAGUGGAAGAGCGGUGCCGAAACAUUACGACGGCACUCAGACAGAUGCUCCUAGGUGUGAUGUUUCUCUGCGCAGCUGCCUCCUAGUGUGCCCACACUUGUUCCUCCGGUAGAAUUGCCCACGUUUCCCACCUCUCCCAUUUUGCCCAACGGAGUAUGUGACCCAGAAGGAGCGCUCCGACGCGUCUGCAGGCGUAAGCACUGACCAACUGGACGUGGUGCGCACAUAUAUUGUGAACACACGAGUGUAUGCUGUGUGCAGAGAUUGUCGCGGGCAACCCCACAAGAUGGCGCAUUGACUCUGGCGAUAUUGCGGCCGACGACGAUCUUUUGGCCGAUGAUGACGUCGCGGCUGGUGGCAACGUCAUUGCAGGGGGCUAUGUGCGUGCAGACGGCAAUGUCAAGGCGGGUGGCAACGUAACUGUGGGAAACUUUGCCUUUGACGACAGAGUCCCAGUUUUGCCUUUCUCAUUAUGGCGUAACUCUGACAUCGAGGGCAGCAUUAUGGCGGCUGGCAACGUGUAUGUGGGAAGCCCGAAUGAGGAGGUCAUCACGUCGCCCUUUGGCACCGAACGUCCCGCUUGGUAUGCUCCUGGUGGCAAUGUUUUGGCGAGGGGCAGCGUAAUUGCGCAAACAGAUCUUGGGGCGAAGCAGUGUGCGUGUGGAGGGGUGGUGACCCGCCGGGCGGUUGCUGAUGCUUUCGAGGUGCCCAGCGACUCGCGCAAUCAGCCCCCGACAUCCAUGGCCGAGUGGGGCGACCGCAAUCGGUCGGCGGCCUAUGAGGCCUUCCGGCAGCUGCGUGUGCGCUUCGAUGGCGACGCCCAGCUCGCCCUUGCCCCUGCUGAAGUGCACAAGGUCUUCCCUUCGGCUGUCAAGACAUUCACGCCACAUAAUAAGGAUGAGAAGCCCGAGGGGCCGGCUGCCGCUGAGAUGACCAUCGACCUCACUCAGCUGGUCUACACACAACUGGCCGUCAUGCAAGGCCUUAUAAAGGCCAACGACGAAUUGAGAAAGGCCAAUGACGCCUUGCGGGGCCGCGUCACUCGUCUGGAGAAGGGCCGCUGAACCGAUCAAACCGCACCCGGUGAGUGGCGUCCGUAUUUAUCCAUCGUACAGACCCCGCGGGACUCUCUCUCUCUCUCUCUGUGUGUGUGUGUGUGUGUAUGCGUGUGUGGCAGGGAAGGGCGGCAACAAGGGAGAAGGCGGCAGGGGCGCCGAUUCACCCUCCUCGACCAUUCGCGGGCUGGUCAUGUUGUCAUUCAUGUAUAAUAGUGAAUGUGGCGCUGCUGCUGGCCUCGGGAAGUGAAGUACAGUGACCGACAGGGCGAAGCCAGCCCCCCGUCGUCUUGGCUUAUUAUGCCUGUAUGUGUGUGUCGUGCUGUGGUUAUGGGGCAAACGUGCAUUCUUGGAUAGUAGUUAUUUGUAGAAUUCGCCCGCUCGCUGG